UGCAAAAAGCAACUCCUCUGCUUAUCUCUCUCUCCCUGUCGCUCUCUCUCUCUCUCUCUCGUCUGUGUUCACUUUCACAUGUUUGAAUCGGAGGAUAGCAGUCUGUUUCCUGACACGCAGAGACUUCUCUCCAAGAAGCAACUCCUCCAGCAACACCUAAAGAUUCCCCGGAGAAGAUGGCGCGCACAGACGAGGACCUGAUCGGAAUCCCCUUCCCGAACCACAGCAACGACGUCCUGUGCAGUCUUAACGAGCAGCGGCGGGACGGACUGCUUUGCGACGUCAUCCUAGUCGUCAGGGACCAGGAGUACCGCACCCAUCGCUCCGUCCUGGCCGCCUGCAGCCAGUACUUCAAAAAACUCUUCACGGUGGCCACCGGCUCCAGUCAGGACUCCAACACACACGCCAUCUACGAGCUGGACUUCGUGGCGCCGGAAUCGCUGACGGCCAUUCUGGAGUUUGCGUACACGUCGACGCUGACGGUGACCGCAUCCAACGUCAAGGAGAUCCUGAGUGCCGCGAGGCUCCUGGAAAUUCCCUGCAUCAUAAACGUGUGCCUGGAAAUCAUGGACACGGGAGGAGGGGGAGAAGGAGGAGGACCUGCAGAAGGAGACGAGUUUGAGGGGGAUGACGAGGAAGAUGAGGACGAAGAGGAAGAGGAGGAAAUGGAGGAGGAGGUCGACUCCAAAGAUGGAGAAUUUGAGGACAACAAUAGUGAGAAGUCCGCACAAGGCGAUGUGGCUGAAAACCAAGAGCGACAAAAAGCUUGGGAGGACAGACGAGCAGAGAGUCCACCCUGCAGCUCGCAACAAGAGGCGCCGAACCCGGACAGGGAUGGCCAAGAAUCCCAAAGACGCUCAUUGGACACUCCGGAAGCCCCUCAUGCUGAGAAACCCCGAGGGCCGGAGGGAUUGGAGGGCCGGGCGCUGAAGGACUUCUCCAUAGAGUCUUUACUUCAAGAGGGAUUGUAUCCGAAAGUGCCGGGCCUGGAAAGAGGAGCCGGAUUCUCGCCCCUUCUCCCGGGCUUCUAUCCUCCAAUGUGGGCUGCAGAAUUCCCAGGCUACCCUCAGAUUCUGGAGCCCCGACACCCCUUCCCCGCUGCGUCGCUGGAAAACAGCCCUCUGGACCUUGCGGUCAAGAAAGAAGUCAUCAAAGAAGAGUUAAAGGAUGAACCCACGAACCCUAUCCUUCACAGAGACUUCCUCAAAGACUUCAUGAGUCCAGGUUUGGGUAUGACCUCUGACCCCGCUCUCGGCCCGAUCAAAGAGGGAGCCGACUUGCGGUCGUACCUGAGCUUUCUUUCCGCCUCCCAUCUCGGGACACUGUUUCCUCCGUGGCAGCUGGAGGAGGAGAGGAAGAUGAAGCCCAAAGCGUCACAGCAGUGCCCGAUCUGCAACAAGGUGAUUCAAGGAGCGGGAAAGCUGCCGCGGCACACGACACACACAGGGGAGAAGCCCUACAUGUGCACCAUCUGCGAGGUCCGCUUCACCAGGCAAGACAAACUGAAGAUUCACAUGCGCAAGCACACCGGCGAGAGGCCCUACAUCUGCCUGCACUGCAACUCCAAGUUCGUUCACAACUACGACCUGAAGAACCACCUGCGCAUCCACACGGGCGUGCGGCCGUACCAGUGUGAGCACUGCUACAAGAGCUUCACGCGCUCCGACCACCUGCACCGACACAUCAAGCGGCAGAGCUGCCGCGUCUCGCGCCCGCGACGGGGCCGAAAGCCCUCCGCCUGGCGGUCCACCAACUUCCUCUUCCCGCAGGAUCCCAACGCCAUACAAGCGGACAGGACCAUGCGGAUUCCCACCACCGGCGGCGGCGCCCCCUUACUGGCUCAGCUGGCUGAGAAACAGCAGCCACCAGGAGGGAAAACGAUGGAGGACGUGGACGACAGCCGGGAGACGGACAGGAAGCUCAUUUCAGAGGAUGUGAAUAGGAAGCGGGGAGUGUUCGCUUUUGCCGUGGCGACGGAGGACGUUCUGCCCCACCCGCCCUUUUAUUCGGCGCCCUCUGACCCCUGGGCCAUGAGACUGGAGCGAGCCCCGCCCAUUCCGGAGGCCGCAAAGUGACUUUUCCGUUAAUUCCUGAGCUCUGAUUGGCUCACCUUGGAACAGCUGCUCGCUUCGGAUGCCACAAGGAGAAGUCUCGGGUUCAGACUCUGUAAUAUUAAAAAUAAAAGAAUUACUUUUUUUUUUUUCUUUGUUCGUUUCGUAAGUCAGCUUCCAAAUGGGAUGACAGGGAUUUUAAAUACUUUUUAAAUGACUAGAUUUGGAUGUGCAUUUGUUAAUGCUGUUUUUGAUGCUUCAGCGUUUGCUAACAAUGUUGAUAUGCUCAUAGACUGUUCAGUGCAAUGGAGUAUGUGAAAAUCGAAUGCAAAAAAUUUGACAAUCAGGUAUGCGGAAAGAAAAAUAAGUCCUGCUGAAAUAAGCUAGAAGCUUUGAUGUUUGCAUUGCAUUGUCUGAUAAUGGUUUUCAGUAAAGCUAAAUCCUGAACACAGGAAAAGUUUAGGGAUGCACUGAUAUGAAAAGUUUGGCCGAUACCGAUAACUGAUAAUUCUUUAUAUUUGAAAGCCGAUAACCGAUUUAAAUCUAAAUCAAAAAAAUUUGUAUAUAAUUUUUGAGAGCCUGAUUACAAAAACAAAAGUUUCAUCAUUAAAAGUCAUGUCCCAAACACAUAAUCAUAAUGUUCUCAUUAUAAUAUUACGUAGUUUAUAUGACAGACUUGUGCUGCACAUGUUGAACUUAACUGUAUUUUCCUUUUUGAAGUGAUUUCAAUCAUAUUUCAAGCAAUUCAAAACCAUCACGGCGAACAGUGCGCAUCUGAAAUGUCUCAGCUGAAGGAAAUCCAUCAAUAAUUUAUCAGCUUUAAUAUAUCGGCCAAAUUUUCUUAUCGGGCCGAUAAUGAUAACAUUAAAAAUGAACAUAUAUCGGUCGAUACCGAUAUGGUGGCCGAUAUAUCGUGCAUCCCUAGAAAAAUUACAAACCUACACAUUGUACAUCCACUAUGCAAAAUACAAAAGCUUUUAGAAUUACCACAGAAACCACAAAGACAAAUUAAUCAGAAAAAAAGUCUCAGGAAUUGGAAAGAAUUUUUAACACGCACAAAAAAAAAACUUUUUUACAGCCAAAAUAUCAUGUUACACAUAAUAAACAACAAACCAAUCUGCAGUAACUUCUCAUAAUUACUUUCAGGAUUGAAAUUGUUUAUAUUGUGCAUCUCAGACCGACCCUUGAUUAAAUCGAACGCUCUUGUCUGCAACAUUUAAAAUAAUAAUUUGUAUAGAUGGCUUUCAGGUUCUACAGUACAAUUGUUCAUUAUCACAAGUAUUUCUAUACUGAACAUUGUAAAACAUCCAAAGACGUGUUGUUAGAGAACAAACUUGAAAUCCAAUGUUUUCACCUCUUUUUUUUCACAUAUGAAGUGUCUUGGAGGUACUUGACGUGUACAGGAAACUAAAACGGGGGGAAAAAACGUCCACAACUUUCACAUCUGAAUGGCUAGAGUAAUUCAGCAUCGUUUAAACUGAAACAAAAAAUUAUUUUCAUGCUAUUUAUGCAUAUUUAAAUAAGCCUUGGCUAUAUUUUACUAAGAGGUUUUAUAAGACACUAACACAUCUGGUUUAUCUGAGAGGGGGCGUGUUUUUCCAAGAGAUAAUGCAUAUCUGACAUCAAACCCUCAAAACAAUACUGAAAUAAAAAGCAUUUAACAGAUAAAAAGCACACAUUUUCCCCUUCAAGACUUUCUUCUGAAACACCCACAAAACAAAAUACCAAUCUAACAACCCAAGAGCCACUGUACAAGUACUCCAAAUGAGAAUUGACAUGAAAAUUUAAUAUCUCUGCACUUGACGAGGCAUUUCAAAUGUUUUUAUCUUGGUGUGCAAAAUGCAAAGAUGUUUCAAUGGCCAUGUACAGUGAAGGUGCUUAAAGAUUUGUAUAUAUAUAUGAAGCCCUUCUGUGGCUACUGGUGGGAACUUACUUGCACUAUUUGUUUGAUGAUGUUUUGAUAUUGGUUACAAUAUAUUGCUAUUUCUUAAAGAUUUAAAAGCAUACAAAAAAAAUAUCACAGAACAUGUCUGAGAUAUGCACUUUACUCCUCUUUAAGGCUGUAAUAAGGAGCCCCGAAAGGGACACGGUGAAGAAAAAAAAAAUGAAAUGUGAGGAAAACACAUAUUUCAAUGCUUUUGCGUCCCCUCGAGAAACUUUCAUUGCAAUAUGCAUUUGCAAAAUGCGUUUUCCCACCACCAUGUCUCUUUAGGGGCUCCGUACCACGGCAAUUUCAGUAAAAGUCAUUUUUAUAAAUGUGUGUGGUAUUUGUAUAUUAGAUUAAUCCCUGGUAAACAGAAUCAAAUUAAUUCAAGAACUGGAAUACAAAUAAAAAAAGCUUUU